AUGCUUAAAAAAAUAAGAAAUAAUUUAAAUGAUAUUGAUGAUUAUUCUGUGCAAAACAUGAAUAAUAAAUCUGAAGUAGUAAAAAUGGACGCAGUGGAAGCUCUUGGUUUUUUAAUAGAUAAUUCGCUGUCAAAGAGGAAAUACACUGAUUUUAGACUAGAAUCAAAAGCAAGAAACGCAGAUAUAUUUCCUCCCUACAACUUAGUAAGAGAAGCAAAAGCAGUGUGUAGACCUGAAAAGGAAUCGAUUUUUUUUUCUGACACAAAAGCAUUAACAACGGUUAGAGCAUUAACCAAUCACACAGCAAGAAGAAUUGUGGAAGCAAGUGAGGAAAUAUUGUCAAGUAUUAUCGAAGAAGAUAAAUUGAUUGUCGUGGAAGCUGAACUUAUUUUAGCUUAUGGUGGGGAUGGUUCAACUGGUCAUUCUAUGUAUCACCAAUUGACUUCUGAUGGGGAAUUAAUUAACGAUAACUCAAUGUUUACAACAUCCCUUACACCUCUUCUUCUCCGAACAAAAGACAAAAAGAUUAUAUGGAGAAAUGACACUCCCCAGUCAUACAGAUUUAACAGACCCAUAAGUUUAGAGUUUGCAAAGGAAACAAGAGAACAUGUAAUAAAAACAUUCACGGAUUUAAAAAGACAAAUUUUGAUCGUGGAAGAGGAAUCUGGAGUUUUCCAUUCACAAGAAAUUCCUGUUCUUAUUAAUUUCAAAUUUUAUCCAACUAUCAUCGAUGGAAAAAUAUUGAAUAUUUUAACUGAGAAUCUUAUAUUUGGUUGUCAGCCACUACAUGCUAUUAUCAACACAUUUAAUGGUUUACUACACAUUUCAUACAAGAAAGAAAUUAUGGCAUGGAGGUCAAAUAAAGGGACAAAGAAACGUGUAGAUGAUCGCAAGAAAAAGAUUCUUGAACAAUUAGAAAAAUCGUUUGGUAUUAAGUUUGAUAAACCACGAUCUGGAGGUUCUGGAACUUCAACCACAGGGAAAUUAUGUCGAGUAGCAUUUAAUAAUCCAGAUAAACUGGCUGCAGCAUUAGAGUUGGAUGUCGAUUUGAUAAAAAAUUUGAGUAUAAUCUUAAAAGUUUUAAAUUCUCAUGAAGAUAUUGAUCAUGAGAAAUUUGGCGAUUUUUGCAAGAAUACUUAUAAGUUAAUAGUGUCAUUAUAUCCGUGGUACAAAUUACCAGCGACAAUUCACAAAAUUCUUGCUCAUUCAUCUGACAUCAUCAUGAUACUGCCUUUAAGUCCAGGAUGUUUUGGAGAAGAAGGAGGAGAAAGUCACAAUUAUUUCUAUAAACUCGCUCGUUUGAUGAACGCUAGAAAAACUUCUCGUAAAGAAAAUCUGAUGGAUGUUUUUUACAGAGCAAUGGACGCUUCAGAUCCAGUUCUUUCAACAAAACGUUUAAACACUAGGCUAUUGCGAAGAAGAAAUCGCAAAAUACCACUGGAAGUUUCGUAUUUCUUCAAAGAAAUAACGAUGGAUGAAGAAGAAGAACCUGCUGAAGCUGAUUUAUCAUAUUUUAUUACACAUAUUUGUAAUGACUUGCCAAUGAAUUACAAUAGUUGCUCUAUUAGGAUGGAAAAAGUCUAUUUCUACAUUCGGAAAGCACCGAUUAUUUGCAUGAAAAAAGGAAGCCCCGGUUCUAUGGCUUCUGUUAUCUCUGAAAUUGUUUACUUAAAUUGGGGAACUCCUGACUUUGAUGCUUAA